AUGAAGAGGCGACAGACGACCCCACAGGAUGAAGACCCCCCCGAAGACGUCCUCCAGCUGCAUCCUCACUCUUCUCCGUCGUCCUCUUCGUCAUCCCGCUCUCCACUAUCGGCCAUGGCGGCCUCCGCGUCCGCCCUCCUGGCCCUGGCCUCGCCGGCCACCCGUCGCUCCAUCUCGAUGGGCGACUUCCGGAGGCUGACGGACGCCUCCGAGCCGGCGUCGUCCUCGGCCACAGCGCCGUCCUCCAAGCUGGUGACGCCGAGCUCCAGCAUGGAGUUCGAAGCGGCCCGCCGCCGUCUCUUGGAGGUGGAGGAGCGGCAGCGGGUCGUACAGGAGAUGGAGCGGAGGCUGGAGGAGCUCCGGGAAGUGUUCGUGCGCUCCGAGCAGGAGGUGGUGCUGCACGGGGAGCGUCUCGCCAGGAUGACCGGAGCCGCGCAGCAGAGCGAGAUCUACGUGGCCGAGGGCAGCCAGCGUCUGAAGAAGGGACUCAAGUUCAAGAAGCACCGACCUACCAUCGUCUUCUCCUCCAUGCUGGGACUCCGAACGUGCCUGCCUUGGCCCGUCAAGCUCAAGUAGGACCGAACCGCUGUCCACCGUCCGUGCUCGUUUGCUCUCGUACCCCGAGGCCGGUCCUUCGGAUCUUUGGAGCGCACCCGCACAAAGGAGCCGAAGGGGCCGGUCGAAUCCAAACGAUGCUCUCGUCCUCGUUGUCAUGGAAACCUUGCCGGUUUCUUUUUCAACGUUGUCGAGACUGCGUGGCGCUGCAUGGAUGACUCACGUAUGGUGGCGCGAGUGAACCCCCCGUUUAUCGCGGCGAAUAGCCCACCCGUGACAGGCGAAAAAUAGAUAAGAUUGUGGAACUGUUUUACCUCCACCCCCACAUGCUUUAAACUACACAGUUUGAACAGUUCUACAUAGUAUUAGGAAUACAAAAUCAGUACAGGGAGUCCUCGAUCUACGACUGAAAUCCGUUCCUACAGUAGCGACUUAACUCGAAUUUCGACUGAAGUCGGAUUCCGCCAUUGAAGUCAGAAUUUACCUCGAAAUACUUUGUAUAAAAAACAAAUACAUUGAAAUAAACAAGAUGACGUACUUGGCGUUACUGCUGAGAGGUGGAUGGAGAAGAAGGGGAGACUGCACUUAGCUAUCGCGAGCUAUCCAGAACCUGGUCCUCAAUCCUCUCCAUCUCGACAAGUAUCAAAGAUCCUUGUGUUCUAAUCGUUGGAACCAACAUGGGAACAAAACCCUUCACAUGGACUCAAAUUCAGGCUUUAUCUUGAAUAAUUGUCACCACGGCCGACCGACUGAAACCUUGGUGGUGUUGCUGUCUCUCCUUUCUCCAAUCUUUUUAUGAUUUUGAGCUUCGUUUCCAUGCUAAUGGAUUUUCUUUUGGCUGGAGAAGCAUUGGUAAAGGGCACAGCUUUCUUCUUUGGGGCGAUAAUGUCAAAAAAAGAGCGGCAAAAAUGCCCAGAUACUCCCGCCGCACAAACACGGACAAGAAUUAGCCAGACAAAAUGGCGGACGGGGGACGGGCGUUGUAAAGUCAAAACGUCUUACGUCGAGACUGUCUUAACCCGAGGACUCCCUGUACCAUGU